UUCGCAUUCCAGCAAAAACUGUCGGUCAGUCUCUGUUAAUCAUCAGACCGUCCUUCUUCAAUUUCUUCAAAUCCAACGAGUCGAGUUUUUACGUGCCUCAGAGAAGUCGCUUUACAUAAAGUUUAUUUGUGAAACGUUAAAAAAAUGGGCAAAGAUGACGCAGAGACUACAAAACUGAAGCAAGAACUCGAGGACUUGAUCAACAAAUGCAAAGAAGACCAAAAAAAACAGCAAGACGCAACUCUAGAAGAGACUUGCAGCGGAUUGGCGGACGCUCCAAAAGUAAAGCUGACCACAAAGAAGCUGCUUAAAGGUCACAUCAACAAGGUCAAUUCUGUCCAUUUCAGUGGAGACAGCAGACAUUGCGUGACGGGAUCGUUGGAUGGAAAAUUGAUAAUAUGGGAUACCUGGACCGGAAACAAGGUGCAGGUAAUUCCGUUGCGCUCUGCGUGGGUAAUGUCCGUGGCUUUUGCACCCUCGGGUAACUACGUAGCCUGUGGAGGAAUGGACAACAUGUGCACCGUUUACGACGUCAACAAUCGCGACGCUACCGGGGCCGCGAAAAUCGUUCGCGAGCUUCUCGGCUACGAAGGUUUUCUUUCAUCUUGUAGAUUUCUCGACGACAAAACCAUCAUCACUGGAUCAGGGGACAUGAAAAUAUGUAUGUGGGAUCUGGAAGCAGGAAAGAAGACGACAGAUUUCAAUGCCCAUAACGGCGACGUGGUUAGCAUAAGCCUGGCACCCGAUGGUCAGACAUACGUUACCGGAUCUGUCGAUAAAACUUGCAAGUUAUGGGAUAUGCGGGAAGAAAAAGCGAGACAAACUUUCUUCGGUCACGAGGCUGACGUUAAUUCCGUUUGCUACCAUCCGUCUGGACAGGCCUUCGCGACGGCAUCCGAGGACAAGACUGCGCGUCUUUGGGACUUCCGUUCGGACCAACAAUUAGCAACGUUCAAACCGCCAAACACUAAUCCGGGUUUCACGUCUUGCGGAUUAUCGCUGAGUGGGAGGUUCAUAUUCUGCGGUAGCGACGACAAUUCCAUUCACAUAUGGGACACCCUGAAGGUUCAACACAACGGCGUUUUGGCGGGACACGAUAACAGAGUGACAUCGCUGAGCGUUGCCGGAAGUGGAAUGGCCAUAGCGAGCUGCUCUUGGGAUCAGCACGUCAGAGUUUGGGUGUAAAAAAAUUUCGAUCCGAACGACUUUUACCCACAAGAUGUCAGAUUCUUAUUUUCGUCUAUUUUUACUAUCGCAUCAUCCCCUGAUCUUCACCCUGAAAGGAUAUUUCGUAGUCAGUAUUUUGUGAUGGAUCAAUUAAAUCGACGUGUUUCCGAUCAUUGCAUAAUUAGUAGAAUGUAUUGUAUAUAAACUAAGAAACUCAAAAUUAUUCGUCACAUGACCGAAAUAUUAAAUUAGUUUUUCGAUCCGAGAUAAAUAAGUUUCGAAUUAUUAACUUUACGUUCAUGAUGAAUAAUCUUCACCUUUUUCCCAUCUUUCCUUUCAAUUGUAGCAUACAUAAUGUUGUUAUAGAACAAAUUACUAUUUUAGCCGUCGCCAUGGCAGUCGAAAAAAAAAAAAUAAAUACAUAAAAACAAAAAAUAAAAUAGAUCGUACAUACGUAGCAUUUUU